GCAGUGGCGGGCUUGUCCUGGUCCCUAGCUGUCUCUGCCUACACCUGCGCGAUCCAGAGCUAGUCCUGCUGUAGCACCAGCAAAGAAGCCAGGAGCCGCGAUGAGCCACUCCUGUGACUGCCAGGGCGCCAGCCAAGGAGACACUGUCCAGAAGGAGAUGACCCCUAGUAAGAAGAUCCCUGUCCUUGUGGAUGGGGUUGUACUCAAUGGACCUCAAACUGAUGUCCAAGCAGGAGAAAAAUUUGUUGAAGAAGUCUGCCGGCUUGUCAUGGAAAAGGUAGUUUUGAAAGCUACUGACGUCAAUGAAAAGGUGUGUGAGUGGCAGCCCCCUGAGCAGCUGAGGCAGCUCCUUGACCUGGAGAUGAGGGACACAGGAGAGUCACAGGACAAGCUGCUGAAACUCUGCCAAGAUGUCAUCCACUUCAGCGUCAAAACCAACCAUCCGAGAUUUUUUAACCAGUUGUACGCUGGCCUUGAUUACUACUCCUUGGCGGCCCGGAUUCUAACAGAAGCUCUGAACCCGAGCAUUUAUACGUAUGAGGUGUCCCCAGUGUUUCUGUUAGUGGAAGAGGCGGUUCUGAAGAAAAUGAUUGAAUGUGUUGGCUGGAAAGAAGGGGAUGGAAUAUUUAAUCCAGGUGGCUCAGUGUCCAAUAUGUGUGCAAUGAAUUUAGCUAGAUACAGAUAUUACCCCGAUGUUAAGGAGAAAGGCCUGUCUGGUUUGCCAAGAUUAAUCCUUUUCACAUCGGCAGAGUGUCAUUACUCCAUGAAGAAAGCAGCCUCCUUCCUUGGGAUUGGCACUCAGAACGUGUACUUUGUGGAAACAGAUGGAAGAGGUAAAAUGAUACCCGAGGAACUGGAGAGACGAAUUGGGCAAGCGAGACAAGAGGGGGCAGUACCAUUUCUUGUCUGUGCCACUUCUGGUACCACCGUGCUGGGUGCCUUCGAUCCCCUGGAUGAGAUUGCUGAGGUCUGUGAGAGGCAUGGCCUCUGGCUCCACGUGGAUGCCUCUUGGGGUGGCUCAGCUUUGGUGUCAAGAAAGCACCGCCAGCUCCUGCAUGGAAUCCACAGGGCUGACUCUGUGGCCUGGAACCCACACAAGAUGCUGAUGGCUGGAAUCCAGUGCUCUGCUCUACUUGUCAAAGACAAAACUGAUCUUCUUAAGAAGUGCUACUCUGCCAAAGCGACCUAUCUGUUCCAGCAGGAUAAAUUCUACGAUGUCAGCUACGACACGGGAGACAAAUCCAUCCAGUGCAGCAGGAGACCCGAUGCCUUCAAGUUCUGGAUGACCUGGAAGGCCCUGGGCACCUUAGGACUGGAGGAGAGAGUUAACCGUGCCCUUGCUCUGUCUAGGUACCUGGUAGAUGAAAUCAAGAAGAGAGAAGGAUUCAAGUUACUGAUGGAACCUGAAUACACCAAUAUUUGCUUUUGGUACAUUCCACCGAGUCUCAGAGAGAUGGAAGAAGGACCAGAGUUCUGGAAGAAGCUUAGCUUGGUGGCCCCAGCCAUUAAGGAGAAAAUGAUGAAGAAGGGAAGUCUCAUGCUGGGCUACCAGCCCCACCGAGGGAAGGUCAACUUCUUCCGCCAAGUGGUCAUCAGCCCUCAAGUGAGCCGGGAAGACAUGGACUUCCUGCUGGAUGAGAUCGACAGCCUAGGGAGGGAUAUGUAGCCAUGGCUUCCAUUCCCCCAGAGGCACCACUCCUGUCCUGGGGAGGGACACAGAUCCAGCGCAUCUGGACACACCCUAGGUAGAUGACAACCCCUCUGGUGAGAUUAGCAAACAUUCCCAUUCCCACCAGAAAGCCAAAAUGCUAAACGAAUACUCCUAAGGGUUCUUUGGCUGCCUCCUGCUACCGGCUGUAGAAUGGAGAAAGCAAAAGCAAUAAAAAAUUAUUCCCUCAAAUGUCAUCCCUGGAAACAACCCUGAGGAGGCUCUAGACAGUGCCUGUGGAUGGAUAUUGGAUCGUCGACUCUUACUGUUUAUUUAAGAACAUAGAAACACGCAGUGUGGAGCCUACAGCAGCAAACCUCCCAAUGUGGCCCCUGUGCCACCACAAAAACAUCCCCAAGGAACUUACUAAAAACUCACACUCCCCAGCCUCGCCCCACACCAUCCGAAUCGGAAACUCUGGCUCUAGCACCCCAAGUUUUAAUAAACACAAGUGGUGAGUCUUUCACACAGUAAAAUCUGAGAAACGAUGGUCCAGGGAAAACCUUGGCUGGUGCUUUGCCAGAAAAAGCCAGGCUUUGAAAAAUACAACUGUUGUGUUUGUACCACAAAUGUUCAGGGUGCCUGAAACACGGCAAACUCUCUCUCUCUCUCUCUUUCUCUCUCUCUCUCUCUCGCACACACACACACACACACACACACACACACACACUGACUGUGCAAGAUUUUUACUGCCUAAAACUGUAUUUUUAUUUGGGCUGAAUUUUUUUUCCCAAGGAGUGCAAAUGAAUCAUUAUCUAUUCUAAUUUAUCUGAGCUAGAGAUGGGGGUAAAAACCAAAUACUUUGUAGUAUGCCUUCUUUAUCAGUGAUAAAUGAACACUAAUCUAUUUCUCCACAUGUGCCACUGGGUGGAAACAAACACGGCACAUCUGUGUGGGUCUCUGACCCUCUUCUAGACUUGGGAAUGCAGUUUUUACCUUCGCUCUCAGCUUUGUAGGGGUAGAAUAAGUUACCAUAAGUGAAGUCCGAGGCAACAGCAUUCUCUUUCCCAAACUCUGACAUGUCACUUGGACAUUUUUGGUGGUCUCUCUUGGAGGAGACUCUAGCGUCGGAGACCGUCCCAUGACAGUACUUCACUUCUCAUGGGCAUAGAUGAUUGCAGCUUUCUCUCCAACCAUCGUCUGAAAUUUCUUUCUAGAGGGUUCUCUUUGACUAAGAAACGGACAGGAUUCAGGGAUGAGGGUGUAGAAUGAAGGCUGUAUGGCGAGAGCUGACCAGGUGUUGGAUUGAUGAACACCACUUCAUCCCGUAUCGCUAACUCACGCCAUUUAAAUGUUGAGAAGCUGAUGUGUACUGUGUAGUGCCCGCUGAGCCUCUUUACUGUAGAGUUCGUGGUCUUGCCGCUAGCUCCACUCAUCAAGGGCAUCUUCACUUCAUUUUCUGAACUACUUCAAACUCCCUGGUGGUGGCAGCUAUCCGUGCAUGACUUGAUUCUUAUUACCUUUUAAAAACUGCCUACCUAAUAUGCUCCUAAAACCGAUGCCUGAAAUAAGUUGUAU